ACCAAUAUCGUUAGGACACAUCAGACCGUUGGGACACGACACCGAUGUCAUAGCUCCGUUAAAUUGCAUUGCAAACGAGUCUUGUUUGCAUACGUUUGGAGGUCUUCGUCGAGAGAACAUUAGGGCAAAACCAGUUGGCUGAAAAAGAAUAACAAGAUGGGAUUCGUCACUGUUGUGAUUCAACUGGCAUUAUUGUUCGUAUUUUCAAUAAACUGUGAAAAUACGACCGCCGUUGAUUACCCAUUGAACCAAGAAUUAUUUUUGAAGAAAAUCGAUACGGAAUGCCUAGCAUACCGCUACGUUCCAUGCCGCAAGAGUUCCAUGACACCCAUGGAUGUUAUUUUUCAAGAUGAAGAAAUGAAUGAUCCGAAUUCAUCCAAAUCGAACAUCACCAUCAAGUAUGAUUUUCAAUGCAUUUCCUAUCAAAUAAUUCCGUGCGAAAAGGAUUCGAAAAAUGUGAUCCUCAAAGUCUUAGAUCAACAAGAGCGACUUCGAACAACAAGAUCAAUUUACAGCGAACUUCUACAAAAUUGCCAAGAGACCAAAAGUUCCGAUCUGUCUCUCCUGGCAACAGAAUCCUACUGCUUAAAAAGUCAAUCAACGGACAGUGAAAUUUCUCAACUCAUUGCAAUUGAAAAUAUGCAAAUUUGUAACGAGAAAGAAAAAAUUAUAACCCAACAGCUGAACGUGAUUGAAAACGAGAAGUUUGUCCUGCAAAGAGACAAAAUAGCCUUAACCGAAAGAGUGAACCAAUCUGAAAUCGCAAGUAAAAGAUCAGCUGAAAAUUUGGAAGUGUGCAAAGGACUGGCCGCUAAUUUAACCAUACAAUUGGCUGAUUGCGAAAAUGGGGAUGUGAAAGCAAAGGAGAAAAUCAAACCAGCAAACGGCACGAAAAAUCAGUUGGGUCUACGUGAGGAAUUCAACGACGAAACCACGGCAAACGGCACGAAAAAUCUGCUGGCCCUACGUGAGAAAUUCAACGACGAAACCAAGCUCAUUUAUAAUUACAUCGCUAAAGCGUUCACCGGUACUCCUUUUUCGGGAAGUUUGGACAAUUACACCUUUUACCAAAUGGGCCGUAAGAGAAUCAUACCAAAACCGAAUAUCCAACCACUUGCGCCCCAAAACGGCACAGUUUUCAACGAUGUCACAUCAAUUACAUACAACCUCACGAUUCCAUCGUGCAAGAAUUCAGCAGACAGUCAAAGCGUUUUUAUUGCCGUCGUAUCUGCACCGGAAAACUUCCAAAACCGUGAAAAAAUUCGACAAACGUGGAAAAAUCAUGUCCACUUGGUCCAAAGAAACGGUGUGCUGGGCACGAUUUGCACGAUUGAAUUUGCUUUUGUUUUAGGACCAACAAAAGAUGAAUCAAUCCAAAACAGUAUUAUAGAAGAAAGCACAAAAUAUAAGGACAUCAUUCAGAUUUCAGAAAUGGAAGAGUUUCCAAGUCAUAUGACGAUGCCCGGAAUUAUCAAUUGGAUUUACUCUCGCUGUCCCCAAAUCGAAUUUCUAUUCAAAGUCGAAGAUGACAUGUAUGUCAACGUACACAAACUAGCAUACUAUAUUCGAGACUUUUACGAUUUCGGCAAUAAUGCCAACAUGGCCAUUUACAGUCAGAAAGUGGAUGAGAGUAUUAACAAGCAAAACAAGCCCAAGCCCAUGAGAAGUGGAGACAAGAUGGUGGCGUUAGAUGAGUGGCCAUGGGAUACGUAUCCGUAUUACUUUGAUGGACCUGCCUAUUUGAUGCAUAAAAGUACCAUCCUACCACUAUUGGCGGCCAUUCAAACAACACCUGCCUAUUUCUUAGAAGAUGUCUACAUAACCGGAAUUUGUGGCGAUAAAGCGGGACUUGUUAAGAAAAUCGGCGGAGGUGUACCAAUCAUGUGGCCAUGGUCAUCGAAGACUGUGAACAAUACAUGCGACGUGAACAUGUUUCUAUCCUGGAAGAAUACGGUAUCUUACAUAGCCCACAAGGAAAUAGACGCAUUCUACGGCGGGAGAGCUCCGGAUCCUAGUUGCGAUUACAAGAAAAGCGAAAAUUUCCCAUUUUUCCGUUUCCCUUGAAAAGUGAACUUUACUAAUUACUUUAUUUUUACUAUUACCAUAUUUUUUCCUUAUAUCUUUUUAUUCUUUUGAUCAUUCUUGAAUUAAGUGUGCUGUGGAUUUUAUUUUUUGGGUUUAAAAAAAUAUACUUACUCUUGGCAAUUUGAAAAAAAAAAAAAUGUUGACGUCAUCCCUGAAA